AUGGCAGAUCGUCUUCUUCCAGCAUUUGAUAGUCCAACUGGAAUUCCUUAUGCUCUAAUAACAUUAUUACCUAGAAAAAUACGCAAAACUCUAAAACAAGCAUCAGAAAAUAAUAUGUAUUAUAAUUCUAUUAAUCCUCAAACAGGAAAAUGGUGUGAAAAACAAGCAUCUCCUGAUGGAUUAGGUGAUAGUUUUUAUGAAUAUUUAUUGAAAAGUUGGAUUUUAUCUGGCAAAAAAGAUGAACAAGCUCGUUCAAUGUAUGAAAGUGCAAGGAAAGCAGCCGAAAAAUCAAUGUUAAGAAAAACUCCAACAACAAAUUUAAUGCAUCUUGGUGAACAACGUUCUGGUCGAUUAGAUCCUCAAAUGGGUCAUUUAACAUGUUUUGUUGGUGGUCUUUACGUAUUAUCUGCUUCAUAUGGUGCUAUUUCUUCAAAUUCAUCAACAAAACAUGAAAUAAAUUGCACAAGGAAUUGUACACAUGAUCAAAUCUAUCGUGAUUGGGCUUGGGAUGCUGUUAUUAGUCUUGAAAAACAUUGUCGAGUUGAAGGUGGUUACUCUGGUAUAAGAGAUGUAUAUUUAAUACCAGUUAGUCAUGAUGAUGUUCAACAAAGUUUUUUUAUUGCUGAAACUCUGAAAUAUCUUUUAUUAAUUUAUUCUGAUGUUUCUUUCAUAUCUUUGGAUAUACAUGUCUUUAAUACUGAAGCUCAUCCUUUCCAUAUUCGUACUUUGUGA